AUGGAUCUACGGCCAAAUCGACAAAAAAUUGUGGAUGCUUUAAUUGCAUCGGGAAUACAAUUUCCUGAAUCAGCAACAAUGAGCCAGUUAAGAAGUUUAUAUGAUUCCCUAAAUAUGAAUGAAACCCGUAAUAAUGAGCCAAUUCCAUGUGAUGUAAUGAUUGCUUCUCCUGAAACUCUUGAUUUAACUUCCGAUUCCAGUAUUGCUGUAUUAACAUCUGAAAAUUCAAUUACGACUUCCGCAGCUGUUUAUACAUCUUCCGUUACAACUUCCGUUACAACUUCCGCUUCUUUCACCACUGUUACAAAUUCCGCAAGACCAUCUGAUAUAACUUCCGCUUCUUUUACUUAUGCAAAUCCCAUUAUAAUUUCUGCAAGAAUGCCUGAUACAAUAUUUGGUGCAGCUUCUCCUUCAGCCGUUGCAUUAACUGAUGCUACAUCAAUUGUAAACAAUGGAUUACCAAGGUUUAGUAAUAUGCACAGGAUUAAUUACGAUGAAUUAGACAAAAUGGUUCCGAAAUUCGAUGGUGAUAUUGUGAAAUGGUUUAGAAAACUUGAGGAAUAUACCUAUAAUUAUAAUGAUGAAGAAAGACUAUUAUGUCUUAAGUGGUUAUUGCAAGGAACAGCUAGAGAAUUUAUGGAGAACUCAAAUAACUGGACAUAUGGUGAUUUAAAAGUGUCUCUGUUCAAAAUAUUUAGAAGGGAUAUUACUCGUGAGGAUGUAUAUCGCAAAUUACGUACACGCACUUUGAAACCUUCUGAAUCCUGCAUUAGUUACACCAUUUCCAUGCAAACCAUCGCAUCACUAGCUGAAAUUGAAGGCCAGGAACUUGUUGACAUUAUUAUUGAUGGUAUGAAAGACAAUUCUAACAACAUUUCCUUAUUGUAUGGUUGUAUUUAUAAAAAUUGUCCUAACCGUCAACCUGUUUCAGCAUCUAUUUUUCCAAAAACGAUCGUCAAUACUAAUGAUGUAGUUGAUCCAAUGAAAGUGUUGUGGCAUAUAACAUAA